GAACGAAUGACAUACAUAUUGCAGGUCCUAUGUGGACGAUCACGCGUCGGAGAGCGGCAGACUGCGCUCAUAAAAUGCCAUCUCCAGCGAGGCCCGAGCCAGUGCCAUCCGAACCAGACAUUAAUAAAAAAUAUGGGGAAGACGUGAAUACGUCGUCCGUUUCCCAGUGUACUUUUAACGAUAUACCUUGUAAGACCGUAUAUGAGCAGCUCUAGCACGCUAUUGACACUUUUCCAGAGACGAGUCGGUAGGGACCUGACAGGUCCGCCCUUGUCGAUGCUUCUGCGGCUCAGAUAAAACUUUCAGCACAUUUCUCAACAAAUGUCAUCCCUCGGCGUUUCGACUGCUUAUGUCCGCUGCUGUGCUCUCGCCUGCAUCCUCGCUGCUCUCUGCAUAGCGGCCGCGGCUCAUUCAAUGCGCCUCCGUCUACGCCGCUGUCGGAAAGUGCGAACAACAGCGGGCGUAAUCCAGUCUCACGCCUGCCGACGAGAAGGAGCGCUGGGAAGCCGUGUACAGCGCAAUACACGCACCCUCUCUUAAAUUCUUGCGGGUGGGCUACUGUCUGGAGCAUUGCUCGUGUGUCGAUGAGACAUGAUGCUCCUGGAGACGCGGGGCUUUCCCUUGACAACUUGCUCAAUAUUCUACAAGACUACACUCGUUAUCCCUCCCCUAUCACGUAGGCGGAGCAAACAUGGCUAUUGACAUUUCAGAGCACGUUGCUUACCUGCCAGAGUAUCCCUGAGAGGCCCGGCGAAAAGAGCCGAAA